CUCAAUCUGUAAUGGGUGUCUCCUCCUCCAGACAGCACACACUGAGAAGACCUGCACACACUCCACACCUUUGGCUCUAAGAACAAGCUCAACUUAGACAGCAGCUCUUGGCAGGAUGAAGGCCAUGAUUGUGUUGUUUGUACCUCUUCUGCUUCCAUUGGUCUACGCUCAGACAUUUCAUUGGGGCCCCUGCCCAACACCAAUGGUCCAACCAAACUUUGAACUAAAUAAGUAUCUUGGAAAGUGGUAUGAGAUCGAAAAGCUCCCAGCAUCUUUUGAGAGAGGCAAGUGCAUUGAGGCAAACUACGUGAUGAGACCUGACAAAACCAUACAAGUUCUCAACGUUCAGACGUACAAAGGAAAAGUCAGAACUGCAGAGGGUACAGCAGUUGUCCAGGACAUGAGGGAACCAGCAAAGCUUGGAGUCAGUUUCUCCUACUUCACACCCUAUGCCCCAUACUGGGUCCUGUCUACUGACUACAACAGUGUGGCUCUCGUUUAUUCUUGCACUGACGUUCUCAGACUGUUCCAUGUUGACUACGCCUGGAUUCUGGCACGCACACGCAUCCUGCCUGCAGAGACCAUCUACCAUGCCAAAGAGAUCUUCUCACGAGACAAUAUCGAUGUGAGCAGAAUGGUACCCACAGAUCAGCAAGGAUGUGAUGGUCCCAUUUGAACAAUAAAGACUGAUUUACAUUUUUUGGUUCAAGUUUACGUUCCUUCAAGCAGCUUUUACAAGCAGUGUCUGUUAAAUGAAUAUUUCUUGGUACAUUUAGUGAAAACUGUUGCUACUCAUGAGGACAUGUUGCUUUAAGCCCUCUGAACCUCGAUUCACAGUAAUAUAACAAACAUAUUAGUAAAGGUUAUUGUGAUUUUGUUCAAGUUUGAUUCAUGUCUUUUACUUUGAAAUCAAUUGUUUCUAGUCUUGUAUGGAUUCAUGUGUUCCCUUUAUUGUUCCCAGCCAGGUGUUUCUUGUUUGUAAUUUAAUACAUUGCGUAUUUACGCCCUCAAGUUGUAUUUUGUCGUGUUUUGUCCAAAUGUUACACAUUCUUUUGGUAAGUCUCAUUGUUUCAUGUUCCACUUUUUUUGGUAGUGAUGGGAAAAUGAAGCUUUAUGAAGCAACGAGGGUUUCAAUAUCCACAGUUUUCCUGAGCAGCCAUUGGGCGGCGCCAUGAUGAUUCUAAUUGCCUGUUUUGUAUUUCUGGUCUCGAGACGCCAAGUAAAAACUGCCAAAACGAGCGAUCCAGAGGAGAACAACAACCACUAAAGUGUUACUUGGUGUAAAAAUUAAUUUCAGGCUCGACUUGUGUUGUUGUUGGCUGUCAUAGCAGCUCAGAAUAAUUAAUGUUAUCAAAACACUGGAGACCGGAAGUUGAAAACAGUCGAAUCGUCGAACACUUCCGCGUUCAGGAAAAAGGUGGAUAAAUGUCUGGAAAAUAGCUUCUGUACGCUGUUCAUUUUACUGCCAUCUGGUGGUAAAAAGAAUUGAGCGCACCUAGUAAGCCGCGGUUUUGUAGCAAUAAAAUGAAUUAGCGAUAUUA